AUGUCGAACAAUCAUCACACAUCCCAGGGAAGAAGAAAUAAACUUUCAGUUUGGGUGAAAAAAAUUAUAAACAACACCACCACAACUACCAACGCAUCGGUCCCGAGCAGUAAACCAAGACACGGCACUAGGGCUGGCCCCACAAGAGCCAAACGCACUGAGUUGGACUCGGACGGAACGACUAUCAGCUCGUCGUUGCGACCAAUGAUUGAUCAAAAUUCGUUGCAGUCGAGCGAAUCUGAUGAUGAAGGAAAUCAUAGGGUGGCAUGGGAUGAGCCACCAACAGACAAAAUGAAACAGCAGCAGCAGCAGCAGCAUGACAAUGCAAGUGUUAUUCCCUUAGUGUCAUUUUGUUCCUCAUCAGUGAAGUCGUCCACUUUCUCGGAUAUCCACUCAAUACAGUCUACCAGGCCCACCAUAUUUUCUAACAGAACGCUUGAGACGAACUCCAGCGUUCUGGCCAUUCCACCACAGAGUAUACUCGAUCGGUCAAGGACUCUCCCGCCGUCGAACGCAAGUAACACUACUACAAGAAGACCAUGA